AGCUGCGGGGGCCCCUCCGCAGCCAUGUAGGUGCCGUCAGAGCGGGGCGGGAGCGCGGCCCGGCCAUGGACGGCAGCGGUGCCGCGACCCCGGCGGGGCCGAGCCUGCCCAACCUCACCCCGCGACACCGGCAGCUCAUCCCCACGCCCUGCGGGCCCAUAAAGCCAUGUUCAGAGCUCUCCUUCCCUGUCAAGAUCUACUUCUGUGUCACUAUUGUGUCCCUGCUGAGUGUCAUAGGGCUCACCAUAGAGACGCUGGUCCGGCAGACCGAGGAGGAUUUCACCAUUUCCUUUAUCCAGUUGGUUGGACUUGUGUUCUGUGUGUACUACGUGAGCCGGGGGAUCCUGCAGGAGAACCGCCAGGAGCUGAUGGUGUUCGUGCUGUCCAUCCUGCUGGUGAUGCUGCGCUCCGUCACCAACUUCACCGUCCUCCCCGCCGAGCAAAAGCCGAAGCUCCUGUGCCAUCCUUGUGUCUGUCCCCUCCAGGCCCGCUUUGUCCUGAUCCUGCUGGUUGGCUCCUUCGAUGUCAUCUGUGCCAUCAUCCUCAUCCAGAGCCAGAGCAUGAUGGCAUUCCGGGUGGGGGGUGCCCUGGAGAGCCUCCAGUCCCAGUACUUCAUGCUCAGCCUCUGCUUCUCCAUGCUCACCUUUGAUCUCCAGGCACAGCUGUGCCUCUGCAUCCUGCUGAUCAGCCUGCACAAGAUCACCCUGGUGCACAACAUCAUCUCAGCCACGGGGGCCCUGUGGGGCUGCCUGAAGGUCACCGUGGGCAUCGUGGCGAUUCUGAAGGAGCUGAAACCCCUGGUGUGGGUUUUUCUGCUGCAGAAUGUCCCUGAAGUGGUGUAUCUGCUCUACCUGCUGUACACGGUGAUCAGGGAGUGGGGCAAAGGGAACUCCUACACUCUGGAAGCUGCUUUCAUCACCGGCUCCUGCAUUUCUGUUGCCAUUAAAUCUGUGCUGUUCUGGGCCCUGCUCCACGUGUACCGCAGCUUUGGGCAGGGGCUGAGGGAGAGAAUGUUUUCUUCCUAUGGAAGGAUCGACUCCUGAGCCCCCCCCGUGCUCCCCCUGCAGCUCCCACGGAGUGAAGGCACAGCAGGGACCCUCUGGCCGAGCACCGAGCCGGGGGGGUGAAUCUGGGACCACCUGCACGGGGGCUGGGGGCAACGUCACACAUUCCUGGAUGGGGCUGGAGAGCCCCAGCAGGGCAGCUGGGAUGGCUCAGACAGCUGUGGCAGAG